ACAGCUCAAAGUUUGUUCUUAUACGCUACGGUGUCUACAGCUUCGCAUUCGGGUUCGUAUUAUUUACCUACUUCUACGAUUUAACGAUCUAAAAUAACAAUUUCAAGUUGUCAACAUGAAUAUCACAAUCCCUUUGACAAUUUUUUAGAACUUUCCCAACUGUUUCAUCACCAUACUAAAUUUGUGUAUGAUAUAUUAUUUGAACAAAGUUCCUGACAAGUUGUAAUCACUCAAAACCAAUUUAUCUUCACUAAUAGCUUAAUUCUGCAAAAUGGAGGUGGUUCAGCGCCACUCUGUCCACACACUUGUUUUUCGCUCCCUCAAAAGAACACAUGAUAUGUUUGAAGCUGAUCAGAGUCGUCUUCCAGAAGUUGAUGAGAAGAGUAAUUCGUUGAAAGUUGCUAUCAAGGCAAAAGAUCAAUAUGGACCUGUACUUAAGGAGCCUAGUCAAAAUCCACUAAAACCCAAAGAAAAUGUUUCCGACACAUCACAAUCUGGAGCUAUCGUCCCAUCUGAAAAAGUCAAACCAAAAUCCGCACUUGAACAGAACGCUUCUAUAGUUCAAAUCGGUAAUGAAAAAUUAUUGCUUCCGAAGAAAGCUCCAACUAUGCCUAAACCCACGUGGCAUCCACCAUGGAAAUUAUGUCGAGUUGUCAGUGGUCAUACAGGAUGGGUGCGUUGUGUAGCUUUUGACCCUACCAAUGAUUUCUUUGUUACUGGUGCAGCAGAUCGGAUGAUCAAAGUUUGGGACUUUGCUAGUGGAACGUUAAAACUGACACUGACAGGUCACAUAAGUACAGUUAGAGGUGUCGUUGUGAGUGCUCGUCAUCCAUAUUUAUUUUCAUGUGGAGAAGAUAAAACGGUGCGUUGUUGGGAUUUAGAACAAAAUAAGGUUAUUCGUCAUUAUCAUGGUCAUAUGUCUGCUGUUUAUGAUAUUGAUAUUCAUCCAACAAUCGAUGUAGUCCUUACUUGUGGUCGGGAUGCAACUGCACGAGUAUGGGACAUGCGAACCAAAGUCAAUGUUCAUACUCUAACAGGACAUUCAAAUACAGUAGCAACGGUACGUUGUCAGGAAUCUGAUCCUCAAGUGAUCACUGGAUCACAUGAUGCAACUGUCCGCCUGUGGGACUUAGCAGCAGGACGUACCAUAGCCUGUCUGACAAAUCAUAAGAAGUCUGUCCGGGCUCUGUGUAUCCAUCCAACUCAGAAUGCGUUUAUUUCUGGAUCACCAGAUAAUAUAAAACAAUGGAAACUCCCCAAUGGUGUCUUUCUUCAGAAUCUAUCUGGACAUAAUGCUAUCAUUAACGCCAUCACUGUUAACCAAGACAAUGUGGUCGUCAGUGGAGGUGAUAAUGGCAGUGUUCACUUUUGGGAUUGGAAAUCUGGGUACAACUUUCAGCGUCUUCAAGCUCAAGUUCAGCCUGGUAGUAUUGAUUCUGAGGCUGGGAUAUUUGCCUUAGCAUUCGAUCGUAGUGGAUCACGUUUGGUAUCUUGUGAAGCAGACAAAUCAAUUAAAAUCUUCAAAGAAGAUGAAACCGCGACGGAAGAAACACAUCCGUUGUACUGGCGCCCGGGUUUGCUGAAAAAAUCAAAAUAUUAAUUUAUCUAACCCGCUUAACAUUUCAACAUCAAUGUGUAUAAUAUGUUUAUAUAAAAGAAUUUGCACUACUUGACGAAAUCCGUCUAAAUGUUUGAUUAUAUUGGGUAUGACCUGGUUUAGUGGGUAUGUUCGAGACCAAACUAAUUCUCUAUACGAUUAUGAGCACCAAGGAGUGGUUUUCAAAUUAACGUGUUGUUUAAGUAUACAAAAGCUCAAAGCAGUUUUUUCCAUAUCCGAUUCUACAACCAGAUAUACGCAUAUAAAAUUAUCCUAAAUAUAUAUUUUCUGUCCACUGA